AUGAUCGUGUGGAGAGCGUCUUUCCUCCUCCCUCCACCUCCAUUAGAGGACUCUCGCGGUGGCCAGCGCUAUCUAGUUGAGCAGCUGUUGAACCACCGCGACGUGAACGGACGUCGGACGAGUUACCUCGUCCGGUGGCGCGGCUAUCCCCCGUCCUGGGAUUCUUGGGAGCUCCGCUCCCAAUUGAUGGUUGACGUACUGGGUCUGGUCGAGCAGUACGACGCGACACAUCCUGUGCCGCAGAAGGACCGCCGGAGAAAGUCUUCCCGGCACGGUCGUAAAGGGAUUUCAGGUUGUCAAUCCCCUUCGUACAUCUCAGUAGAGACACGUACGCGCCACCACGGGCUGGUAAGGAGGUAA